AUGUCGUCUUCAGCUCCUCGCUCCGGCGAGCGCGUCAUUCACCAGGACUUCAUCGCUCGCAUCCGCUUCUCCAAUGCGCUCCCGCCGCCACCACACCCGCCAAAGCUGCUCGACAUCCCCAACACGGGGCUCGCCAGCGGCCAGUACACGACUCCCGGUUUUGCAUCAAGGCUUGCAAGGGAGCAGCCUCUGAAUAUCGAGGCUGAUGCUGAGCUGGGCAUGCCCCUUGACCUGGUGGGCAUGCCUGGUGUUUUCGAUGGCGACGAACGAUCAAUUCAGGCGCCUGCUCAUCCUCCUACUCUUCACCCUCACGACCGACCGCUCCUAAGACCCAUUGCCGCCCUCGGAAAGCCCAAGGUCGCCGAGGCCAACGUCUCCUUCCUUCGUCGAACCGAGUACAUCUCGUCCACCGUCACGAAACGCCACGAUGGCCCUCUGCCUCGCGCCCUGCUCACAAAGGCCAACAAGUCCCGUCGCUUCGUCGAGCCCGCCGCCAACUCGCCUCAGGCCAUCAAGCGCAAGAUCGACAAGGGCUUCGACAUUGCCGAGCACGACCUCAAGGACCCCAAGCGCGUCAAGCAUCCUUCCAAGAGGAACCUUACUGUUGUGGACUGCUCUCCUCUCAUCCCCGAUCUCGAUGCUUUCCCCGACUCUGGUGCAUAUGUCACCCUCAAAUUCCAUCAGAACCCAGUAGCCAGCGAGUCCACCUAUGAUAAACGUCUGCUCAGCGGUCUGUUCAGGCCCAUAGACCGAACGCCUCAGGAGGAAGAGGCGUACGAGUUGGCGCUCGCAGCCCACGACCAGGAUCCUGUCAACAACCCCAAGCCCCAGAACUUGAUGAACUACGACUACUACCUCGCGCAGUCAACCUCUGCAGGCGACCGUUUCCGUCGCAAGUUUGACGUCGAGAACCCCGAGCACAACGAAGAGGAGCUGUAUACGCACGAGUCAGACGCUGGCGGCUGCUUCCAGUACAACCGGCUCCGAGCGUACGAGACGUCUCAGGAGACGGAGCUCGACCACUCGACCAAGUUUGAGGAGGAGAUUAUCCUGGCGUACAACGAGGACACAUUCUAUCCUAACCAGAAGGCUGUCUACUACUACCCCGUGAUGCAAAAGUCGGUCAUCCGACCUCAGCGAACCAAGAACAUUGCCCGCAAGAUUGGCAUCGCCGAGGAGGAGCAGAUAGUGGAUCAGCUUGAUAUCACGGUCGAGGAUCCCACGGAAGUCAUGAAGGAGGCAAUGAAGCAGUACCGCGAGAACCCUCUGGGCUGGGGACAGGGUGAGGAGGAGGAAGAGGAGGAGCAUGGACACCACGACGCCGAGGGUGAGGAGGAUGCGCAUCAUAGUCCAGCGGCCCAUCGCUCAAGAUCGGCCUCUGAGGAUCGUGACGCCGAGGGCGAGGAGGAGUAG